GUGAGGGGGUCUACAAAAAAUGUCGAAGGAGCACACGUUUGAUGAGUGCGUGGCCGAGCGCCCACCGCACAGCUUUCGCAGCAGUGUCCAGAGAAACUUCAGAGCUGGAAAUUGUGACGUAUUCUGGAUACAACGCCAACUAAGAGAGAUGUGAUGGGCUUAAGCGAACGAAUUGCGUUCUGUUCAGCGGAUGUGAACGCUAUACACACCCAUAGGCACUAAUGGCGUCCGUCUCGAACAUUGCCAUCCAAGCGGUCCAUUACUUCGACUGCCUGAGCUUUUCAGCUGCUGGCCUAAACCACAUAACAACUAUGUACACUUCAGAUGUGCAUAAGAAAGCUUUCUUGCAUCAUUGCAAGAUGCAUCAAGUGAUUGGAAAAGCCACCUCACCCCUCUGGAGCAAUUCCUCAAGAAUAGCUAUGGUGACUGUAAGAGUUUCGGCGAUGGCGGCUUCACACAGAAGCUGUUUAGCGAUCACAUACCACAAGUGCCGAAAGAAUAAAAGCAAGAUCCAGCGUGCGCAAAGAAACCAAUUGCAACAGCUGCAACUGUCUUUAUUGCUAUUUGCGGACGAAGCCUGGACCAAUCCUGGCGAGACUUCAACAGCUAUUGGCUAGUUUUUUC